AUGUCCUGCUCUGAUUAUGUCCGUCACAUGACGGACGAAGGCUCAGCAAGGAUUCUUUGCGGUCGCAGGCUGGUCCGCCGAGGGCGUAUUCGCACAAAUCUACAACCACAGGUCCAAGACAAUCCCCCUACAGCUUCUGCUAUUUCAUUUCUAUAUAACAUCAUUUCUUUUUUUCCUCUCUUACCGACAUCUUUCUUUCCUACCAAUCAGUCCAAUAGAUCAGCCUUCUUUUCUAGAUCAACCGAGUCAAUCUUUCAAUCGCGCCAUUUCCGUCGAAGACUUCAAUCCGUCUCACUUCCCUCAUCUAAUAGCAUUCAACAACAGCCCACCUGUCCCGGUGUUGUCAUCACGUUGGCUCCUGAGGAUGAAGAUAGGGACACGGAAUCACCACCACUGAUGCUUCCCACUUUCGAAGGACCCCGGCUAAGUGAGGCCCAUAAUGAAGAGGAUAACGGUGUUGAGAUGUCAGGGAAAGCGAAUCAAGUGGAAAUGACGAUGGGGGCAGAGAAGUCGCCCAAUGGGAAGAUGGAGAUGAUGAAUCCAGCAAAGAAUUGCCAGUUCGGUCUAUCUGGAGACACAAGGUCUGUGGAUGUCCGUGUGCCGGACGAACGGUCAUCGCCGCCUGGAGCUUGCCAACCCGACUUCCAACCCCCGUCGUCACAAGGUCCUCUUUUUGGCGCAGCGUUUGAGGUUGCUCGAGACCGCAUGCUCCGCGAACAAAGAACCGACGAAGCGUCACAGCUGCCUCUCGGCAGAACGGGAACUUUCCCAGAUCAACACCUUUCGCUGCCCGCCUUCUUCAUGCGCCGUCUGCCCCUGCCUCUCCCCUUCCAUUCGCCCACCAGCCUGGACCAGAAUCGUCUGUCACACCGACCCGUUUCCUUCGUCUGUCCUCCCGUAGUCAGGGCCCCAACUCUGGCUCCCUGUCACAAGCACAUGUUCUGUCCCAUUGCCCAUCCGCCUCCCGCCUCUCUUAUCCCUCUUCCUCUUCUUUCCAUUUCUGCAUAUUCCCAUCCUCCUGUUUGGAGUCCCACCAGCCCGGCUCCCAACGAGGCUGCUGGUUUUUGCGAAAAACACAAGCCCAGUCAAACUCCUCCCCAACGCUUGUCGCAAUCGGGUGGACCGGGCUCGAGCCUAAAAAUGCCGGCUCGGGUAGCGGCGAGGGCACACAGUCAAAUGGCAGCUUCGACAUCACCGAUCGUGAGUUCGGCCGAUCUGCCACGACUGGCCUCCUCAGAGGCGAGCGGAAACAUGUCGGCCACGAUGAGGCGAGAUGAAGGCGGCCUGGACGGCCAGGCUGUGGCCAAACCGGACAGAGGAGAGUUCGACGUUCGACCCUUUCGUGCCACGCUUGGCAAGGAUCGGCAGGUCUGUCGUCUGGCGAGAGAAGACGGCGCGCUUUUCGAAGCCGAAUCCAGGCAACCGGGAGCUGAAGACCGCAAUGUGAAACCAUCAGUCGAACGGCUGGAGGCGGGCGUCCUGACUGGUCUAGAAGCGCAACCACCGUUAGCAACACCAACCUUCAGGACUGACAAACAACUAGCCAGCGGAGACAUUGCUCGGUUGCUGAAGAAGGAGACCCCCUUAAGUGACAUUCAGAGAGCUUAUUCGGACAACCACUUGUGGCCAGCCUGA